AGGACACAUAUAUUAAUUUAAACGCGCAACAAGUCAUAAGGAAUUCCAGCCGGUCAUCAAAUAGGCGAAGCGGGGCACACACAGGCGCCAUGAAGGCAGCAUUGUGCCCGGACGGUCCAGCAGUGACGCCGGACAGGGACUGCGUGACCCGGGUGCCUCACAGAUAAACAAACCCCUUCUUGCGUGGUUCUACGGACCUUUAACAACUACCGGUAACAGUGUUGACGUACGGGGCUCGUUUCUAUAUGUCGACAAAAAGCAGUAACUUGGUCGAAGGAGGACGACUCCGUUGAUGAAAAGUUUUAGCACGAGCGUUCGAGUCCGCUGAGCGUGACCUGCUGUGAUCACUGCAUGCUGCAUGUCUGAUAACCGCCCGUCACUCUCAUUUUCCCGAUGCAUGAGUCCCUCUUUGUAGAAAUGCAUACGUCUCGCCGUUUCCUUGCAUGCUGUCCCGUGAAAGUGUCACAAUGAGGGAGGGCCGGGAUAACCCUCUGACACUAUCCCCCAAGACGCCAUGUCGGGGCCAGACGGACCGCAGACGGGCGCUCGAGAGGCUGCGGGCUGACUGGGAAGCGGAGAAGCAGCGAACGCAGCGGGCCCGCGGACACCUCUCUGUGGAGCUCCGGCACCUGCGGGAAUUAGCAGAGAAGGAACAGCAGAAGGCCACGAGGGAACUGGCUGCCCGCCGAGGGGCCCAAAAGGACGGGCCCUCUCACAGACACUGGGGUCUGCUGAGUGAGGAGGCGGACGGUAAAGGCGGCGGACGAUUCACAGAGAAAGAAGUGUUUUGCUUGUGCGGUGGAGAAACCCACAGGAAGCUGCAGCAUUUGCUGCUGACGCUGGACGAGAAGAUAAACGGCAAGCAGGCGGUGUAUGAGUUGCAUCACAGGCAGGAAUCUGAGCUAGAAAAGGCCGUCUUCCUCUGCCACCUGCUUGAAGCCCAUGGGAGAGUGUUGCAGCGGAGGCAAAGGGCAGGACACCCCGGCUACGUUUCUCUCGAGAGAAAGACCACUCGGGGAGACGGCGGUAACUCCUGCCGGACGAGGCCUCUCCAGACCUACUCUGGGGCCGUCCUACACGGACCCCAGACUGCCUUCCGCUCACUGAAGAACAAACCCAAACCAGCUCAGAGAGAUCAGCUCUCGGGGAGCAAGGCCGGCGUCUGCGCAGCUGACCCCUGCACCGCCGAUGCAGCUCCGGAAGCCCGUCAGAGCGGCCCUCUGAGAAUUUGUCCCCGCGACGAGGGUCCGCAUGCUGGCUGGGACGAGCAGCCUCCCUACGACGGCGAGUCCUCCGGGUCAGACCAGGCACCUCCCUCCACAUGCAUGGACAGAAACAUGGAGAAUGGCACAGACUACGGUUUCCUGGUGCGUCAGAACUCUGAGCUCCUGCGAGCCCUGGACGAGCUGGAGAAGACUUGCACCACACUGAAGGAGGAGAACAGUCUGCUGCGGAAGAGCAGCGCCCCGGAGACCGAGGAGAAGGUCAGGCGGUUGAGGAGAAAGAACACCGAGCUGUCUGUUCUUGCUAAGAGGCUGGAAGAGAGGGCUCGGAAACUGCAGGAGGCCAACCUCAGAGUGGUGAACUCCCCUUCGCUGUUGAGACCCGGGUCGGUGGAGCACUACAAGAGGGCGUUCGCCCGCCAGCGAGCUCGUGACCUCGCCCAGCACGCCGACCUGCUGCUGUCUAAGGACAAGGAGAUUGCCGCCCUACAGCAAGAGUGCCGAGAGCUGGAGGCACGGCAGGGCAUCACGAAGGGCUCUCCUGUUCCAUCUGGCAGAGUGGAAUUUGAGAGGCUUCUCAAGGAGUCUCAGAGGGAAGUGCUGCGGCUCCAGAGGCAGCUGUCGGUCACCUCAUCCAGACAGCAGCACAGCAACAGUCCCGACCCCAGGGGCCCAGAAAGGUGUGGGGGAAUCGAGGAGGAAGAGGAGGAAGACGAGGUUGUAGGAGAGACCCCGAGUGUGGUAUUAGAUGAAGCUCCAUCCAGGUGUGAGAAGACUCCCGGAGAGGAGGAGGAGUCGGGGCUGCGAGUGACGCCCCAACUGGGCCUUAGCCCGUCCCCCUCCCGUCAGGAGGAGCACACAGAGGAGCAGCAUCUACAGUUUCUGGAAAGUGAGCUGAGCAAGAAGAGAAAAGAAUGUGAAAACCUUGAGCAUGAAGUAAAGAAGCGACAGAAGAGAUGUCUGGAUUUGGAGAGCCAACUUGAGGAUGAGCAAGGCAAAAAUGAGCAACUAAAGGAGGAGGCAGAUCUCCUCAGGAGGAAGGCACAGCUGCUCGACCAGACUCGAGCUGAGAAUGAAGAGCUGAGGGAGGAUCUCUCUGAAGUGACCGCUCAACACAACUCAGUUCUCGAGGAGAACCAGAGACUCCGUGCCAAACUGGAGAACCUAGAGCAGGUCCUAAAGCAUAUGCGAGAGGUCGCCGAGCGAAGGCAGCAGCUGGAAUUGGAACAUGAGCAGGCACUGGCUAUCCUUACGUUCAAACAGGAUGAAAUCAAACGGUUACAGCGGGCUCAGUUAUAUGCCAAGAGGGAGCAUGAAGGAGUGGUUCAGGUGCUGGAGGACUUGACUCAGCUUGUGUUGCAGAGGGAGCUGUCAAAGGUACGAGACCUGGAGGACAAGUGUCGCAGCCAGAGCGAGCAGUUUGGCUGGCUGUCCCAAGAGUUGGAGAAGUUUCGCCUGCAGGCCUCCACGGUGGGCCUGGCCGGCGCCAGCCUCCUCAGCAACCCCAGCCUCUCGGUUCUGACCAACGGGGUGGGCCUGACAGCAGAGCGAGACUGCACUGGUGGCUCAUGGGACAUGGUGUCUCUGGGUGAAAUAGCCUUCUGGAGUCUCGAGGGAGGUGACACUCUCUCCUGCCCUGAGGAUGUGGCUGCCGCGCUGCGCCUUGUGGCCACCCCCCACGCUGCGGGGCUUUCCAGGUUGGAGCGCUCGCCCGUCACCAAGCAUCGAGAGCUGCCCACCAUCAGCGUCAGCAAGUCAGGCUCGUCCUCCAGCAAGUCCGAGACCGCGCACCUCUCCCCCAAGUCUGACACGCACCUCAGUCCGCACAAAUCAAGCCCCACACAUGAGGUGGACACCGCUAGUGAAGUGGAGGAGCUGGACAUUGAUGUAGCUCCAGCACCUUACUCAGCCAGCAGAGGAGCAGCAAAGCUUCAGGUUUUCAUUGCGAGAUACAGUUAUAAUCCAUAUGAUGGCCCCAAUGACAACCCUGAGGUGGAGCUUCCACUCACGGCUGGAGAAUACAUCUAUGUGUAUGGCGACAUGGACGACGAUGGCUUCUAUGAAGGUGAGCUGAUGGACGGACGGAGAGGGCUGGUCCCCUCUAACUUUGUGGAGCGCGUGUCGGACGACGAUGUCAUGAGCGCCCACCAUCCAGAGACGGGGGACGCGUCCCACAACUCCCUGCUAGACAACAGCCUGCACAGUGGCAGCCACCAGCAUCACCUCCACGUGGGCGCCAGCGCCUCCAAAAGGACAGAGGCCCCUUCCUCCUCUGGCCCUGCCUCAGCCCCCUCGGAUUCAGCAUCGGCCUUGGCUGUCCCAGCCCCCCUCACCAACGGCCUGGACUUGGAUUUGGAGGAGGUGGGAGUGGACAUUGUGCCUUACCCACGUAAGCUCACCCUCAUCAAGCAGCUUGCCAAGAGCGUCAUCAUCGGCUGGGACCCUCCGUUGGUGCCGGCCGGGUGGGGAAAUGUGUGGAGCUACAAUGUGUUCGUGGAUCAGGAGCUGCGCCUCAACGUGCCCUUCGGUGCCCAAACCAAAGCGGUGCUGGAGCGGUUGGACAUAAACCUCAAGGCCUACCGAGUGUCAGUGCAAAGUCUGACGGAGAAGGGCGCCUCGGACCAGCUGCGCUGCAGCAUGCUGGUCGGUCGGGACGUUUGUGUGGCUCCCACGCAGCUGCGCGCGGAGAGGAUCACCGCCACCUCUGCCAACCUGACCUGGCUGCCCAGCAACAGUAACUAUGUGCACAUUGUGUCCUUGAACGAGGAGGAGUGUGAGCUGGUGAAGGCUGGCCGCAGCUCGCUGUGCCUCAACAACCUCCUGCCCAGCCUGCAGUACGCGGUCAAAGUGGAGGCACGGCCGCACCGCCCGCCAUGGGAGUUACCCGUGGAGCGACGCGAACACAGGAGCGCCUCUAUCACCUUCACCACGCUGAUGGCAGGACCCCCUGAUGCUCCUCUGGAUGUCCAGCUGGAGCACGGCCCCUCCCCGGCCAUCGCUCUCAUCAGCUGGCUGCCGGUCACUAUCGAUGCUGCCGGGACCUCCAACGGAGUCCGCGUCACUGGAUACACGAUAUAUGCCGACAAGAAAAAGGUGCUGGAGGUGUCUUGCCCAACAGCCGGCAGCGCCCUGCUGGGCCCCUCUCAGAUGCAGUCCCUGCUGACCGCUCAGGAGCUCACUCUCCGCACCAUGUCCGCCCACGGGGAGUCCUGCGACUCUCUGCCAGUCAAUGUGCCCACCAAGCUGGCCGCCAUCAUGGCGGGUCCAGCUAUUGCCGCCCCAUUUGUGCAACCCCAACCCCGCACCCCCCCAGGCUGCAGCCACCUGCCCUCACCGCCAUCCUACGGGAACUCUGCUGCCAAAGUAUCCCCGCUGCCCAGCGCUUUGCCAUCAGAUGCGAACAUCGCCGGCCUCACAGUCGAGGCUCCUGCCAACCCUCCUCAAGCUCUCCACCCGGAUGACCUUCUCUUAUCGGCUUCAUACGUGAACGCCUGGGCCAACCCCUCCUCUGCUGCUGCCUUGGCUAUGCAUGAGGCCACAUUACCAGCAGCCUCCACCGUUACUCUGGAGGUAAAAGUGACCUCUCCUACCACCUCACCACCUCAACCAUCUCCAGCAACUGCACCAGUAACGGUGUCAGCUGCUGCAGCAGCAGCUGUGUUGGAGCAGCAAAGAGACACCAACAGCCCCGGAAUGAUACGUCCUUUCCCGUUCAUGGUAGAGUUCUUCGAGGACCCCGGUGCCGAUCUCGGGAGCCCUGAGCGCAUCCCUACCCCGCCCAGAGCCCAGAUCACAGACUUCCUUAAUCCUCCGGACAUUAACCUUCACCGACCCCCAAGCAGCUCACCGGUGGAGUCUGAAGCGGAGGAGGAGGAGCAAGAGAAUUCCCGCUUGGUGUCCAUGGAGGAGUUCCUGAGACCGGACCAAGACCAGCAGCCAGCGUACUGUCGGACGCAGCAGAGUUACAGCCAAGGGCUUGUGGAGCCGCCCAGCGACUACCACGCAGACAACAGCCGGUCAGAUCUGUCUGACAUCCUGGAAGAGGAGGAGGAGGACUUUUACUCUGACCACCUCGGAGACGCGCAGGCCCGGGGCUGCAUAUUCAGAGCGAACAGGUCGCGCCAGUUGGAGCCUUCAGACAGUGAUGAGGAGGUGCUAGAGAGGAUCCUUAAGUUGCCUGCUGAGGUACGACAGCACAAGGAGUUCUUCAUCAUUCCCGAGGUGAUCGAAGAGGAAGAUAGAGGUCAAGAGGAGCCUUCAACUCAACGCAGUGAGCCUUGGCCCAGGCCCGGCCACCGUGGCCCCAGAGACUCGGAGCGAUAUCAGCGCGCCCCCCUGCAUCACCCACACUUCCCCCCUCACCAUCACCACCACAACAGGGAUCCCAGAUCCCUGACCAAAGAGCCUUUACUCAGGCAGGCCAAGCCGAGGACGCAGCACAGGGUGCACUACGCAGACACAGUUGACACCAUCAGUUAUCCUGAAGAUCAAGACCUCAGUUUCUAUGAGGGUCCCACAAGCAGGCGGACCCGCUGUCCUCCCCAGCUGACCCCCACCAAGGAGAGAUCACUGCUCAGAGGGCUAGGGGACCGCCUUAGGAGGGAGGCCAUGCUCAGGAGUCAGAUGGCUGUCGCCGUGGCAGCCGACCCCGGCCAUGGUCCCAACCCGCCAAGACCCUACCUGGUCAGCAAUACGGCGCAGGCUCUGAGGCCGCCUAUCGGUCACGGGGAAGAGAUUGACGUGGAGUACGGCACCGAUGACGACGGCAGCGCGGGGGAGGUCGGGAUGGAGCCGAUGAGAUCCGAGUGGUGGGUAGAGGGGGCUCAAACGGAGCACAGCAGACCUGCUCACCGCCGGGCGCUGCAGGCGGACCCGCCGGAGUCCAGCCAAAUCCCUCCAGCGGAGGCAGGUCCAUCGUGGGGAGCGCAGGCCGAGCUCUCUUCGAAACCAGCCGGCUCGCAGGCCAGGCAACUCAAAGGUAGUGGUGAUUCCCCAAAGAUCAAAAGGGACGGCGACAUACGUAUCUUCGUGGCCCUCUUCCCUUACGAUCCCGCCUCGAUGUCACCCAAUCCUGACGCUGCCGAGGAGGAGCUGCCCUUUACUGAAGGACAGAUCAUCAAAGUUUAUGGAGAUAAAGACGCAGACGGGUUCUACCGAGGGGAGUGCGCCGGUCACCUGGGCUACGUGCCGUGCAACAUGGUGUCUGAGAUCCAGGUGGAGGAUGAGGAGACCCGGCAGCAGCUACUGCGACAAGGCUUCUUGUCCACGGCGGCCUCCAUGGAGAAGAUAGGCACUCGCACACACGCACAGCUUCCGCGUCGCCCGGUUCCACCGCCGAAACCGAGACGAUCCAAGAAAGUGGAGUCUGCCGCACUCUGGGAGGAGAGCGUAGACUCCUCCAGCCAAGAUCCCAGCCCGCCUCCCGCCGCCGCCGCCGCCACCCCGACAGCUGUGGUGAACCCGGCCCCAGGACCUCGCAGGAUGGUCGCCAUCUUUGAUUACGACCCACGAGAGAGCUCCCCCAACACUGACAUCGAGGCUGAGCUGACCUUCAGCGCCGGAGACAUCAUCCAUGUGUUUGGUGACAUGGACGAAGAUGGCUUCUUCUACGGAGACUUGAAUGGACACAGCGGCUUGGUGCCCUCCAAUUUCCUGCAGGCCGUCCCAGAGGACGCUCCGGCCAAAGCCCUCUCUGCUCAGCCGGCACCAGAACCCAGGAGAGAAUCACAGGGUACCCGGACGACUUCCACAGAGCCUCAAGAUCCGACCCCAGAAGAAGCUUUGCGCCCCCAAACAGAAACUCCUUUCCCAGACCCUCCACCCAAACUGGCCCCCACUGCAAGCCCCGCGUCAGACGUGGAGCCUGCUCCCGGCCCCGCGUCAGACCUGGACCCUGCUCCAGAGCCCGCUCCGGAUCCCGCUCCGGGUCCCGCUCCGGGUCCCGCUCCGGGUCCAGCAGCAGCGGGGGCCUGCUGCUCCCCCCCGGCCCCCCUCCCGGCAGACAGCCCGGCGCAGACGGAGCGCUCCGCCCAGGGCAAGAAGAAGAAAAGCUUUUUCUCCAAAGGCAAGAAGCUGUUCAAAAAGCUGGGAUCCAGCAAGAAAGACUGAGUCAGCAUUUCUGACUCAGAAUACUCGCGUCACAUUGAAAGCACUUUUUCUAUCCCCACUGUCCGUCUCGGUCGGUAGCCGGUGCGGUUCGGGGCCAUCGGAUCUCAUAACUGAUGCUCCAGCCGUCAGUAAUUCUACAUUUGCCUUAGAGCACUGCUAGCAGCUGUUGACUAUUCGAGUCCACCAACAUUCUGCUUACAGCAUCACACUGGCAUGUGGAAGUGCAUGUUGAAGUGUGCAAACACCAGUAUACUCUCUAAAUACUACCUAACUAAGCAUUAGCAAAAAUGUGAACUCGGCACAAACCACUUGGUUGUCUCUUAAUGGAUCGGUUAUAUUUAGAACAGCUAGAAACAGAGCGAUGUCGAACAGCCCGGCUCAGACGCAGCUAAUUAAAUAUUAGCUCUAAUGUUCAUGUACUGGUGCCACUUUAUUUAUUUGAAGCAAACGAACAGAAGCAGCAGCAGUCGGUCUCUUCCUCUGUGCGACGAUGAAGAAUGCACGAUCACAUCCCCGCUGUCGGCCCCCUCACACGUUGGCCUCGUCUUUAAGUAUUUACACAGUACUUUUACAAACAUGCCAGUUAUUUUGUAACCGACUCUUGCAUGAAGCGACAUCGGGGAAGAAGGUUUAGUCAUCUGUGCAGGUUAGUUCAAACUAGUUAUGGGGUUUGGAGGUUAACAGUAGAGAUUGUUUAUCGAAGGUAAAGAAUGCAAAGGGUUGCCCUUCUUUGGUGUGUGUGUGUGUGUGUGUGUGUGUGUGUGUGUGUGUGUGUGUGUGUGUGUGUGUGUGUGUGUGUGUGUGUGUGUGUGUGUGUGUGUGUGUGUGUGUGUGUGUGUGUGUGUGUGUGUGUGUGUGUGUGUGUGUGUGUGUGUCACUGAUGAGACUGAAAUCAAGAUGCCUCUCCCAACCAUUAACACGGAGCUUUAUGUUUGUGACGACAGUCACACUUGGCCUAAAUAAUGCUAAUUAUUAAGUCAUUAUUCCAUUCCUAUUAAUCGUCUGACUUGUAAAACAUAAAAAGUUGUCAUGGGAUGUCUGGUUUUGUCCAAUCAACUGUUCGAAGAUAACCAAUUUGAUGACCAAUUAUGAUGAAAAAAGGAAAUUCUCUUAUUUGAUAACCUAAAAUCCAUCAAAUAUUUUGUGUAUCUUUGUAAUUGAAAAUCUGUUUUCAAAAAUAAUGACCAAUACAUUUUCCUUCCAACUAUUCCAGUGGUUUUCAAAGUCUGACAGGACAGUCCCUUUGGUCAAAAUCAAUAAACCCCACCCUGCUCCCAAAUAGUUUGAUUUUUAUUAUAAAUAUGUAUAUAAGAUGAAUAGAGGAGUGUUACAGGAAUAUAAGAACCCUUAGCGCUGUCAAAGAAUUAUUGGAAAAGUUAAUUUUUAUGUUUUUUUUGUCUCAUUAUUGUUCUGUUUUAGGGGGAUCAUUGUGCUCUAAUAUUUGGAACUACAUUUCUUAUGAAUUUAGGGGCUUGAGGGGAUGUAAACAUGUACAAUGUUGCCACAGUCAACCAAUUUAAAUGUAAUGAUACCCUGUUAUUUAGCCCAUAUUUGUUUACAUUUUGGCAAAUUGGCAGCUUUUAAAAAGUGUGCCGAAUCAGCUAAUAGCACUUCCUGUCUGCAGUGUUCCCACGAAUGUACACAAAGCUCAUCACUGCAUUACUUUAGUCGUGAAGAAAGCAAAACCAGCCAAUCCCGGACGAGUCCUGGAGGUGUCGAUCCUUUCCAAGUGGACAGUUUAAAGACCUCUGGACUAGCUCUCGCUAAUCAAUACUCCUAAAUCAAAAUACUUAAAGAAUUAUUCUUGAUUUGGUUGAUACCCUGUGUGUGUGUGUGUUUAUGUGUGUGUGGGGGGAGGGGGGGGGGGUGCACAUUGAGUCCGACAGGCUGAGUUCAUUGUGCCCACACGUUUGCAUCAGACUGUUUGGGUGAACCUAAAUAAUCCGACUAGAGCAAUAUUGCACGCUGUGCUCUGCAAUACUAAUAAUACACAACAGAGGAGCAUCCUGCAUCUUGUUGUGCUGGCUUGCAUCAGGAUGGAGUACCAGUCUCCAGAUGUGGACCGGGCCUUAGUAGUGAACGCAUUGUUCCUGUUACUGGUGUGACGCGGAGCUGUUGGGUAACUUCUCAGGUUUUCACUUGUAGUUUCUUAUCCGAUGCUGAGCCACCCGGUGACUCCGGCUGUCAAAGACUGCAGGAUUAUGCCAAAAUCGUAGGUGCUUUGCCGGUUACCAUAGCGACGAGAGGCCGAGCAUCCGGCAAAGAUGGGGUGGGGGGAGGGGGGGGGGGGUUCUGUGGGCUAAUCCGGCUCAAAGCACGGAGCUUCGCCUUUUUGAAGGUCAGACCUGAUUUCACACCUAAUGACACAAGUCGGAGGCAAAUAAUAUUUGUUUCUUCUUUAAUGUUCUGAAUAUUUGAAUUGUUUGUCAGCGUUACAUAACGGGAGCAUGACGAUGCCAAGAGCCAACGGGAGGGCGGGUCGACAAAAAGACACUUUAGAUAGCCGGGAGAGAGGCAAGACUGAGGCUGUCUGGUUUUAUUUAUUUAUUUAUUUCUCUUCUUUUUUUUCUUUUUCUCAAAAAGAGUUGAAUGCUCAAAAGUUGCCGAAAUGUACAGCGAAUAUUUGUACCGCUCCUUAUUUGACGGCCUUCAAUGCACAUGUUUUUCUUCUUCCUGCUGCAUAGCGAGGCGGACCUGGACCCAUAUCUUCUUUUAGUUGAUCAUAUUUAGCCUUACAAGAAGACCUUGUUUAGUCUUAAUAUGUCAUUUCCAGGAUGUUCAUUGACUGCAUGCACACCAAUGUCGUACCCAUGUUCGGCCUUAUUUAUGUUACUGCUCAUAUUUAUGUUUCAUGUCUACAAUGUUUGAGUUGUGGACUAAUGCGGUGGAACAGAAGCUGUGUGUGUAUAUAAUGAACAGUGUUGGGACUCGUGGUAUAUUUUCAUACAGCGCGGUCAACUUUCUUUCCUGACCUGCAUUCAUUGUUUUUAAGUGGAAGAUUGACCUUUUUAUAUUUUCAUGUUUUUAUUACCCUUUUGGAAACUCAUGUGUAAAUAUGUUUUGUUCAUAUUGUUUUUCAGAAUUGUAUUUAUUUUCCUUUUGUUUGGCAUGUCCGGCCGUGUGGAUGAGGAACUGAAGAUGUUGUGCUCAGAGGACUCGACUCGGUGAAGUUGUGAUGGUUUUGUUUCAGUGUGGAUCUUUUUACAGCAAUAAAGUAUGUAUAUUUUCACAGAA